AUGGAUGUCAUGAAGGCGGUGUAUGGUAUUGCUAUUGAUUAUUGGAAGUCGUACAAAGCAUUAGUGCAUGCACGUGAGCUUGAACAAGAUACAUGGGAAAGUGGGUAUGAGGAUUUGCCUAUGUUUCUUCAUAAGAUUAAGGCAGCGAAUCCAGGUACAAUUACCAGACUUAUAUGCGACGAGCAAGACAGGUUUAGGUUCUUGUUCAUUGCAUUUGGUGCAUGUAUCAAUGGUUUUCGGUUUAUAAGAAAUGUGGUUGUGGUUGAUGGGGCUCAUUUGAAAGGAAAGUUUGAGGGUGUUUUGCUUGUCGCCGCUUCGCAGGAUGGAAAUGGUGAGAUAUUCCCCUUAGCUUUUGGGAUUGUAGAUUCUAAAAAUAAUGCUUCAUGGGAGUGGUUUUUAACCCAGUUACGUAUGAUUUGUGAUGACCAACAAGAGCUAGUGAUUAUUUCUGAUAGACAUAGAUCCAUUAGAAAAGCUGUUUGGAAGGUGUUCCCACAAGCUCAUAGAGGAAUAUGUACCUAUCAUCUCCAUGAAAACCUCAUUAUGAAGUUUAAAGAGAGUACUACACUAAAGUUGGUAAAAAAAGCUGCAAGGAUGUACAGGGUUUCUGAGUUUGUUGCACUAUUUAACGAGAUUCGAAGGCAAAAUCCUGAUAUUGCAACAUAUUUGGAGAAUGCUGGUGUUAGUUUGUGGUCUUGCGCAAAUUUUCAAAGAGACAGAUAUGACAUAACGACAAGCAACAUUGCUGAGUCUAUCAAUAAGGUUCUUAAAGAUGCCCGUGAGUAUCCAACUGCUUAUUUUUUAAAAGAGCUUCGGAAGCUAUUUUCGAAGUGGUUUAUGAAACGGCGGGAACAAGCUAUGUCACUGCAAACAUUCUUUACUCUAAGAGUCGAACUUAAACUGGAAUAUCAAUGCAGUAUUGGCAGUACUCUUAUGGUGCAUCAUAUAGAUGCACAUCAUAGCCAUGUCACCGGCGGUGCAUUUGCUUGUAUUGUUGAUAUACAACAGGUAUGA